UUCUCUUUCCCGCCUUGUGGGUGUGGGUGUUUCUAGUCUCUCGCACGCUGCUGGCGGUGAGCUGCUGAGGAUGGAUACCGCCGUGUGGUGCACUCUGGAGCCCCGCCAGGGUCUCUCGGAGAAACCGUUAGGAGGGAGAUGGGAGAUGGGAGCCUUGUGAGAGCGCUCCUUUGCAGACACACAGGCGGGCAGGCGGGCAGGAGAGGCGGCGGCAGGGCGAGCGAGCGAGCGAGCGAGAGAGAAGAGGGUAGGAGAAGAGAGCGAGAGAGAAAGGGCUGCGCCUGAAAUCCUAGCAAACCGGAGAGGAGGAAGUCCGAAGAAAUGGAUGCUGCUUCUGUUGUUGUUGCUGCCGCUGCUGCUUGUUAGGCCAAAGGCCUGAAUAUACUGGAUUUAAUGGGAUGCUUUUUUUCUGGGAACCAUUGGGCUGAAAUCUGAAUUGCUCCUGCUGUUGCUGCUGCUCUUCCUGCUGAGAUGACAGAGGGCCGCAGGUGUCAAGUGCACCUCCUUGAUGACAGGAAGCUGGAACUCCUUGUGCAGCCAAAGCUUUUGGCCAAGGAGUUGCUAGACCUGGUGGCAUCACAUUUCAACCUGAAAGAGAAGGAGUACUUUGGAAUUGCCUUCACAGAUGAGACGGGCCAUCUGAACUGGCUUCAGUUGGACCGCCGGGUGCUGGAACAUGACUUCCCCAAAAAGUCUGGACCGGUUGUUUUGUAUUUUUGUGUUAGGUUCUACAUUGAAAGCAUUUCCUACCUAAAGGAUAAUGCCACCAUUGAGUUAUUUUUCUUGAAUGCAAAAUCCUGUAUUUACAAGGAGCUCAUUGAGGUUGACAGUGAAGUUGUGUUUGAAUUGGCUGCAUACAUAUUACAAGAAGCAAAAGGAGACUUUUCAAGCAAUGAAGUUGUAAGGACUGAUUUAAAGAAACUUCCAGCUCUUCCAACCCAAGCACUUAAGGAACACCCGUCUCUUGCUUACUGUGAGGACCGAGUUAUUGAGCAUUAUAAGAAGCUAAACGGGCAGACCAGAGGCCAAGCCAUUGUCAAUUACAUGAGCAUUGUAGAAUCGCUGCCAACAUAUGGAGUCCACUAUUACGCAGUCAAGGACAAACAAGGAAUUCCUUGGUGGUUAGGACUUAGCUACAAGGGGAUCUUUCAAUAUGACUACCAUGACAAAGUGAAACCAAGAAAGAUCUUCCAAUGGAGGCAGCUAGAGAACCUGUACUUCAGAGAGAAGAAGUUUUCCGUGGAAGUGCAUGACCCACGCCGGGCAUCUGUAACUAGGAGGACUUUUGGACACAGUGGCAUUGCAGUGCACACGUGGUAUGCCUGUCCUGCCUUGAUAAAGUCCAUCUGGGCUAUGGCCAUUAGCCAGCACCAGUUCUACCUGGAUAGAAAGCAAAGCAAGUCCAAAAUUCAUGCAGCAAGAAGUCUGAGUGAGAUUGCAAUUGACCUGACUGAAACUGGAACUCUGAAGACCUCCAAACUAGCCAAUAUGGGAAGCAAAGGAAAGAUUAUCAGUGGCAGCAGUGGGAGCCUUUUGUCAUCAGGUUCCCAAGAGUCUGAUAGCUCUCAAUCUGCCAAGAAAGACAUGCUGGCUGCCUUGAAAUCUAGGCAAGAAGCUCUGGAAGAGACACUGCGCCAGCGCCUGGAGGAGUUAAAAAAGCUGUGUCUCCGUGAAGCGGAGCUUACAGGGAAGUUGCCGAGAGAAUACCCCCUUGACCCAGGGGAAGAGCCCCCAAUGGUGCGAAGAAGAAUAGGUACUUCCUUUAAACUGGAUGAACAGAAAAUCCUGCCAAAAGGAGAGGAAGCUGAGCUGGAACGCUUGGAGAGAGAAUUUGCCAUUCAGUCGCAGAUCACAGAAGCUGCUCGCCGCCUAGCUAGCGACCCCAAUGUCAGUAAGAAGCUGAAGAAACAAAGGAAAACCUCCUACCUUAAUGCACUGAAGAAACUUCAGGAGAUUGAAAAUGCCAUCAAUGAGUAUCGUAUCAAAUCUGGAAAGAAGCCAACACAACGAGCCUCCCUGAUCAUAGAUGAUGGAAAUAUUGCCAGUGAGGAUAGUUCCUUGUCAGAUGCCCUUGUUCUGGAGGAUGAAGAUUCUCAGGUUACCAGCACAAUAUCCCCAUUACAGUCACCUCACAAAGGACUCCCUCCACGCCCACCCUCGCAUAAUCGGCCACCCCCUCCUCAGUCACUGGAGGGACUUAGGCAGAUGCACUAUCACAGGAAUGAUUAUGACAAGUCCCCCAUCAAACCCAAGAUGUGGAGUGAGUCGUCUCUGGAUGAACCCUAUGAGAAGGUCAAGAAACGUUCUUCACACAGCCAUUCCAGCACUCACAAACGGUUCCCUAGUACUGGAAGCUGUGCAGAAGGUGGAGGGAGCAACUCUUUACAAAAUAGCCCCAUACGGAAUCUUCCCCACUGGAACUCGCAGUCCAGCAUGCCGUCAACACCAGAUCUACGGGUACGCAGUCCACAUUAUGUGCAUUCCACUAGGUCAGUGGACAUAAGCCCUACUAGACUGCAUAGUUUAGCACAGCACUUUAGACACAGAAGCUCCAGCUUAGAGUCCCAAGGAAAGCUCCUUGGGUCAGAAAAUGAGACUGGAAGCCCCGAUUUCUACACUCCCAGGACUCGUAGCAGUAAUGGUUCUGACCCCAUGGAUGACUGCUCCUCUUGCACCAGCCACUCCAGCUCUGAGCAUUACUACCCAGCUCAGAUGAAUGCCAACUAUUCCACACUGGCAGAAGAUUCCCCAUCCAAAGCCCGAGAGCGGCAGAGGCAGAGGCACAAGUCGGCAGGGAAUCUUGUCUCCUCUAAUUCAGGGAGCAUGCCCAAUCUGGCUGCCAGGAAUGGGACUGGUCACCAAGGCGUUUACCUGCACAGCCAGAGCCAGCCUUCCUCGCAGUACAGGAUCAAAGAGUACCCUCUGUACAUUGAAGGGAGCUCCACACCCGUGGUGGUGCGCAGCCUGGAGAAUGACCAGGAGGGACACUAUAGUGUGAAAGCACAAUUUAAAACAUCCAAUUCGUACACGGCAGGGGGAAUGUUUAAAGAGAACUGGCAUGGGGAUGAAGUAGACUCAGUAAGACUGACCCCCUCCCGUUCUCAGAUCAUAAGGACUCCCUCCUUGGGCAGAGAGGGCCAUGAGAAAGGGUCAGGAAGGACAGUGGUGUCGGAUGAACUGAGGCUGUGGUACCAGCGGUCUACAGCCUCCCAUAAAGACCAUAGCCGCCUGUCGCACACAAGCUCCACUUCCUCGGACAGCAGCUCCCAGUACAGCACCUCCUCUCAGAGCACCUUUGUGGCGCACAGCAGGGUGACAAGGAUGCCUCAGAUGUGCAAAGCGACAACAGCUGCCUUACCUCACAGCCAGAGGAGUUCAACCCCAUCCAGUGAGCUAGCAGCAACACCACCAAGCAGCCCACAUCACAUCCUUGCCUGGCAGACAGGGAGCUACAAUGAUAGCUGUUACCUGGAUUCUCCCCUCUAUCCAGAACUAGCAGAUGUCCAGUGGUAUGGACAGGAAAAAGCCAAGCCUGGAACUCUUGUGUGAAUCCUUUUGACCUCAGCUGUUCAAACGCAUCAAUGCCAUUCUGGAAAUAAUAAAAUCACCUCACUGCCUCUCA